UCUCCCAAACUAUCAACCCCCUCCUCCAAAGCUUCUAUUUUUAUCAUCGCUAAGCUCUCAACUCUGGAGCCAAAGACUUCCUCUUCCGUUUUGAAUUGAUAGUUUCUCAGGAAAAUGUCGGCGGGAAUUGGCAAAUGUAGCAAAAUCAGCGGCAUCGUGAUGCUCCGGCAAAUGCUGCGGCGGUGGAGGAACAAGGCUCGCAUGUUGGCCAGCCGCAUCCCAUCCGACGUGCCAGAGGGACACGUGGCGGUAUGCGUAGGGACAAGUCGCAGGAGAUUCGUGGUGUGGGUGGCGUACCUGAACCAUCCCGUGUUUAAGAAAUUCCUUAUCGAAGCCGAGGAAGAGUACGGGUUUAGUAACGAAGGCCCAUUGACGAUCCCCUGCGACGAGUCCGUUUUCGAGGAGGUCAUCCGGUUCAUUUCCCGUUCGGAUUCGGGUCACUUCGGUAGAUUCGUGGAAGACUUCAAAGAGAAGUGCCACUCGGGAAUCAAGAGUAAUUUGUGUAUGGAAUCUCGACCGUUACUUCAUGGGUUUUACGAGAAAACAUUCUGAUAAUAUCAGAAAGAGAAGGAAAAGUCUUUGAUUCUUAAUCGACGAAUUUCGACUCAGUUCCAUGUUACCU